CUUAACCUUAACCUUAACCUUAACCUUAACCUUAACCUUAACCUUAACCUUAACCUUAAUCUUAACCUUAACCUUAACCUUAACCUUAACCUUAACCUUAACCUUAACCUUAACCUUAACCUUAACCUUAACCUUAACCUUAACUUUAUACACCUUACUAACUUUCUUGUUGUCCUUAACAUAACCGUAACCGUAAACUUAAACUUAGCAGUAACUUUUUCCUGAACUAAACUAUGAACAAAUAAUAACGGUGGUAAAGUAAUUUUAAUGUAAACAUCAUUGAGGAUAUUCAUAAAAAUAUAUUAUUUAUAAUUCUAAAUACUAGAUAAAUCAUAUAAUUGUCGAGUAUUUUUCCAUAAACUUUUUAACACUAGUUAGUUUACGGUUAAUAACUAACGCAUUUGUAAUUUCAAAAAAUACCAAAAAAGCCUACCAAAUACUAAUUGCCUCAGACACGAAACAUGUAAAAGACCAUACCAACAAUUUCGAAUUUUUAACUCAAAAUCAUGUUAAAGCUUCAGUAGCCAACCGAGCGUCAGAUUGAGUGUUUAUUUAGUUGCACAAUAACCAAAAAAUAUUUAAAAAAUUUCCAAAACCAAAAUGAGACUUUUCAAAAACGUUCAUAAGACAUGCUUCAGCUGUAUCCUGCUCUUGCUACAAUUGAGUUCCGACAUCUCAACUGACACCGCAUAUUCACAUACAGCCUCGCUGAAAACAAAGAAAACUUCAGAUGACGCUAAACGCCAAAUACGCAUCGAACCAAUGCAUAUCAAAUGCACGCACACAGUACCGCAUAUUAUCGAAUUCUUCGAGUGUCACCUCAGCCGACGUAACAAUCGUGUAUACACUUCGGGCUCAUUGCGUCUACGGCAACCUAUCGCUCGACUGGAGGCCAACGCUGUACUUGAUAUUUACAGUUCGCAUGGGCAAUUGAAGAAUAUUUUCAAUUUAAGCGUUGAUUGCUGUGCUAUUGUGGCAAAUGGUCGGCAUAACAGCAGAACAUUUGAUAAUAUCUUGCAAAGUAUAUUCACAAAGAUCAAUGUGUUACCAAAGUGUCCAUUAAAGGCGAAUUUGAAUUACACAAUCACGGACUUCGAUGUGAAUGAAUCUAUUUUGCCCGUUUACAUACCGAAGACAUAUUUCAACACUAGUCUAUAUUUCCGCUAUGAGGGACGUCCAGCCGGGCAGGCCAUAGUGGUGGGAAGAGUGCUCAAUUGAAAUUGAAACGUUAUUGAUUUAUGAUAAUAAA